UGAAGGUCACCAUUCCCAAGACAUUUUCUCUCACAAGAAUCAAGGGGUCAUAAUCAAGAUUAUAAAGUUACUCUCACCGUGACCCAUCAGUAUCUUCCUUCAUUGCAGUAUGCUCUUUAGCUUUUUGCGUCACUCUCUUCAUCAUUGCUAAGGUAGCACGGGUCAUGGCUGGUCCAAUCUCAUCAACCGAUGUGCAUAAGAUCCAACGACAUAAUAUGGAUGACAUGAUCGAUAUGAUUAGUGACUUACCUGAGGCCGUUCUUCUUCAUAUUCUUUCUUUACUCCCGACCAAAGAUGUUGUAAGAACUUCCAUACUAGCAAAGAAGUGGAAGCACUUGUGGACCUACUUAUCUGCCUUUCAUUUUGAAACUUUUCGUCGUCUGAAUGAGUCAAGCCUCCAAAAUCAGAAAAACAAGGCAAAUUGCCUCUUAGAUCUAGUUGGAAGACUUAUGCACAAAUCUACUCGCAUAGAAAGGCUUGGCGUUCAAAUAUUUAGAUCUAGUAUUGAUACAGACAAAGUUAGUUCUAUAAUAUCUUCUGCUGCGAACCACAAACUACAAUAUCUUGACCUUUCACUAGGUGAUCGAAAUGAUAACUUUGUCUUACCACAUAGUUUCCCAGCUUUCGAGUCAUUAAAUGAAUUGCGUUUAGGACUCCAGUUCACUCUACAUAUUCCUAGUGGUAUUUGUUUCCCUAUCUUGAAGACAUUAGUAGUUACAAAUGUUACCUUUGCAAAUGAGAACUCGGCUCAACAACUUUUCUCUGGGUGCCCUGUCUUACAAGAGUUGGAGUUGGAUAAUUGUUAUUGGGAGCACAUAAACCAGAUUAGUCUCUCAAUUUCCACAUUAAGGAAGUUGACCAUCAGUUAUCUUAUGCUUUGUGUAGAUUAUGAUCAUAUUAUGAAACUCAAGAUUGAUGCUGUGAAUCUUCUAUCUUUAUACUGCAUAUGCAAUCCAAUAAUAGAAGUUAUCCCUGUUAACCUGACCUCCCUAGUUGAUGCGUUCAUUUUUCUUGGGUAUGUCUAUCCACAUGAUGAACCGUAUGCUGCUCAGUGUUCAAUUGAGCUAUUGAAGGGACUUGGUAGUGUCAAAUCUCUCAAACUAAAUGAUAUUAUUCUUAUGUCUUUUUACCAUACAUUGGAUAAUCUGCAUCUGCAUCUCCUUCCUCUUCCUACAUUUUACAAUUUGACACAUCUCUAUGUGUGUUCUGUGAGUCCCGGGAACGCUUGUGCAUUAGUAAUGGACAUUCUUCGGAAGACUCCUAAACUGGAAGAUCUUACGAUUCCUGGGGUGGUACUUAACUACUUGGAUAGUGAUGAUUUGAUACUGAACUCACUGCCGUGCUGUUUCAAAUCUUCUCUCAAACGAUUAUGCUUUUUAAAUUUUCAUGGAAAUGUACAUGAAAUCAAAUUCGUUACAUUUAUCUUAGAAAAUGCCCCAUAUUUAGAGGAGAUCAAGAUACACUGUUCGAGACAUUUAUCAGCUGAUAUGGAGAAGCUAGAUGAUGUCCGGAACCAAUUGCAAGAUGUAUGCCUGGAAAGUUGUGUCAUCAAGUUUUGUAACAGCUACUAUGAACCCUCUAACAACGAUGAAGUGUUGAAUGCCGUGGUAUAACUCUCGGUGUUUUCUGGCUGUAAAUUCUGGGCUGCUUCCUGCUGUAGAGGCACUUUGACAAAGUUGAAGCAUCAAGGAUGAAGAUCUUCUUAAAGGACAAGUUGUGAAAAAGCAGAAGUUUUGCUAUCUGUCUCUGGUGUAGUGUGUAAACUUGUCUUCAAUGAUUUUCUGCUACUUAUUUAAUCUCUGUUUCCUCUUUUGUUAUGUAUUUAGCAGAUUGAAAAAUGUUUGUUAGUUCUAAGAACAUUCGCCGUAUCUUUAUUCUGUCAAGUUAUAGUGUUCUAAAUGUACAAGUAUGGCAAAAACACCAAAAGAAGAUGUUGCCGGAUUAUCUCAAAGAAAGAUCCGAUGUUGAAUUGCUUUCGAUAAACACAGUUGUUCAGAAGAUCGCUACAUUGCUUCUGAACUUUUGUAGGAAAUCAAAACCGGAACAAGUUUCGUUAAGUAAUUUUUAGAA